AAUAAAGAAACAUCUAUCUUUCUAAACACAACUGAAAGUUUCACAGCAUUAAAAGAAUUACAAACACGGCUAAAAGUUUCACAACAUCAAGGAAACACAAACAUGGCUGAAAGUUUCACAUCAAAACCAGAAUCAACUAGAUUUUAUACAAGAAAAUUAACUCCUACCUAUUUAUACACGAAUGAAA